AUGGAUUCUACGGUACCGAAUUGUACUUCCAUAGGUGAGAGCUUCUUAUUUGGUGGAUCCGGUGGUGAAAAAGAGUCGGUAAAAGAGGUCGGAAAGAAUGAUUCCAAUAAUGGUGAUCGUGAAUUCGUUAGUGGGUCUGGUAAAGUGGUAAGACUUCGAAAGCGUGUCAAUUCAUCCGUUGAAAACUAUGGAGGGUCUCUUUGGCGUGAAGAUGAGACAUAUGGUAUUAAUAUCAAUGCAUUACUCGACAAAAUUGAAUCUGAGAGUGCUUCUAACGGUCACCAUCAGGAUGAAAAGGCUUCUAACCUUCAUGAUAACGAAUUAUGGGUUGAGAAAUGGCGUCCCAGAAGGUUUAUUGAUCUUGUCGGGAAUGAGAAGACUAAUAGAAGGGUUUUACGUUGGUUAAGACAGUGGUCACCGGCGGUAUUCCAAGAAUCUUUGCCUCAACCGUUGUAUGAAAAUGAAUUUGACCCUCUGCAGAGACCUGCGAAGAGAAUUCUUCUCUUGCAUGGUCCUCCAGGGAUUGGUAAGACUUCAGUGGCUCAUGUUAUUGCCAAACAAGCAGGUUAUACUGUAGCAGAAAUCAAUGCAAGUGAUGAAAGAGGUGGUUGGCAAGUCAGGGAUAAGAUUUUAAAUACAUUGUUUAACCAUACUUUUAAUCAGAGCCCCGUGUGCCUGGUUGCAGAUGAAAUUGAUGGGACGCUAGAGAGUGGAUUUAUUAAAGUGCUCAUCGAUGUUGUUAAUUCAGACGCGAGGGCCACUAGAAAGAUGGGCGUUCCUAAGAAGGGUAAAAAGAAUAGAGAUAAAUUGUUACUGAGACCAAUAAUAGCUGUCUGUAACAAUUUAUAUGCCCCAGCUUUGGAAAAAUUGAAACCACUUUGUGAAAUUGUUCCAUUUAAGAGACCUUCAGAUUUUUCACUAAAUGAAAGGUUAGAUACCAUUUGUAGAGUAGAAGGUGUCAAGAUACAUUCCAAGAGCUUAAAGGACUUAAUAGAUCUUUCCCAAGGUGAUGUAAGAAAUUGUGUUAACAAUUUGCAAUUUUGGGCAACAGGAACAUCAUCUCAGGCAUCAUCAUCAUCAAUGGAUACUGAUCCUAUGGGGAAGGACUUCUCGUCUUCAUGGUAUGGUUUAGUUAAUUCCAUUUUUCAAAGAGACCCCCAUAGAGAAUCCAGGGAUCAGCUAUCGUCACUAUCCCAACAAAUUGAGCUAAAUGGUAAUUACGAUAGAAUUGUGCAAGGUUGUCAUUCCAUUUUCCCUCGAGUGAAAUAUUCGGAUAAUGGUGUUAUAAAACCAUCUCGAAUAGCAGAUUGGCUGUAUUUCCAUGAUCUAAUGAAUAAAUCUCUUUAUCAACACAAUGGUGAAUUAAUGCGUUACUGUGCCGCUGUGCCAUUACAAUUCGCUCACAUGUUUGGAGAUAUCGCAAACAAAGAGGAUAUUCAAGUGAAGAAUUCUCAAUAUGAGUUUAACGAAUUAAGAAAAUUCACCAUGGAUAUUACCAAUUGCAUAGCACAUCAAACGCUGAAAAGAUCACCAGCGGUACAGACUUUCACUUCGCGCCAAUCACUAAUAUUUGAGACUUUGCCCUAUUUGGAUAGCAUGAUUUCCGCAGACGUAUCCAAAUGUAAAAACCUAAAGGUUAAACAAGCAAUAUAUGACAAUUUAGCUGAAUUGUUGAAUUUUUAUCAGCUAAACGUUGUGGCAAGAAAUCACGAUUCGUUAGAAGGUAAAAAGAUUCUAAGCAUAGAUCCACCAUUGGAUCAAAUUGUCCUUCUUGACAAUAAAAGAAAACAAGAAGUACUUUCUAAAAGACCAGGCUCGUUGAAUUUCUUACUGGCAAAAUUUGAAGAGAAUAAAGCUAGGAAAAGACAUGUUGAUCAAACUAUGGAGAAAAGAGAGAGAGAAGAUGAAGUUCGAGUGAAAAGGUCCAAGACUGCUAUGGCAUCAGGAAAUACUGUGGAUUUUUUCAAAACUCAGUACGGAAUCAAUGAGCCUAAUAAAUUAGACACUGAAGUGCCUAUUUCUAAACAUCAAGAGGAUGAAAUUCGUACCUGGGUAAGGUACAAGGAAGGUUUUUCAGAUGCUGUUAGGAAAAAUGUAGCAUGGAGCAGCCUAUGGUCAUGA